GUCAGGAAACCAAAGCUAACCCGCAGCAACCGCAGCGCCAAAAUUUCAAAAGACGUUUUUGUCAUGAAAGUAGAAAGUGAAAAAUAAAGCGAAUUUCUAUCCAUUUUUUAUCGGUGGCGAUAAGGAAUCUAUACUAAGAGACGCGGCCGCCGCCGUAGUGUGAAGCGUCUUAGAGAGACAUAUUCUUCUUCUUGACCAUGAGAUGUAGCCCAAGGAGACCCCUGAUCCUCAAAAGACGAAAGCUUCCCUUUCAGCAGAGCGACCCGCCUGCGAGUCAGGAUGCUUCGACGUCCCGAGAAGAUCAACGGAGCUCGUCCGCUACCCAGAACUUCCCGGAUGAUGUACGCGUCAUGCAGCACCCUCUGUUACCUGACACUCAGGUGGUGGUCAUUCCCGAGAUGGCCGAGGUACGGAACGUCAUCCAGGCGCUCACUGUUAAGAGCAAAGAGAGCGGCACCCAAGGCCCCACCAAGUUCAUCCUCCUUGGCUGGAGCGGCGGCUUACAAUCGAGCAAAACCGCCAAAGACGCCAUCCUACCGGGGAGCGCGGAGGAGCAGCAAGCGCCUCAACCUGCGGCGCUCACCGUUCAACAAUUGAAAAAGGAAGAGAAUGACAGCUGCUUUGACGACAGCCUCACCAAUAUCCAAUGGUUGCAAAAGAGCGACACUUGGCAACCGGGACCUGCUGUUGACCAGCCCAAUGAGAAGAACCAGACUGCAGUCAGUGCAGUGGAAGAAAAAUCGACAACUGAGACCCUCAAGACUGCUGACGUCCGGCCAAAAGACGCCGCGCCCGGAAAGCCCCCUUUCUCCUACAUGACCAUGAUCCAGUUUGCCAUCAACAGCAGUAAGGAAGGCCUAAUGACACUAAAUCAGAUCUACGAGUGGCUUCAGAACAACUUUGACUUCUUCAGGGACAAAAACAGGCGCAGCUGGAAGAAUUCUGUCCGCCAUAACCUCUCCCUGCACAAAAUGUUCCUCCGAAAGAUGUCGCCCGACGGGAAAGUUUCCUAUUGGACCAUUCGACCCGAGGCCAAUCGAGGGCUCACACUGGAUAAGGUGUACACGCAGCCAACACUCCCUGUUAUCAAAGCCACUGCAAGUGCGGAGACACGUGUGAAACCUCUUCUCCCCCGAACGUCGUCCAUCCUGAUCCCGUUGCAGCUCCCCCUCAACGCCACAGUGUGUUUGCCUUCAUCGUCACCACUGGCGCGGCCUCAAACUCUCCAAACUGCCAGCAGCCCCCGCAAAGCCAAGCGCAAGCGCAGUCCUAAGAUGGCGCCCGCUCAGGAUGAGGCUUCACGUGCAAAGCUGCCAAAAAUGGAGGUGAAGGAUUGCCACCUCAGGAGCCCCAAGACGCCCAGCCAGCGCCAAGAAGCGAGGGUCUCAAGACGCAAGCAGAGUCUUGUACGCCGGCAGCACGAAGAACCGCUCCUGGUUUGUUCACAGAAUUGGGACUCUGGAAUCGUCACCUCAUUUACAAACCUGAACCUGGACGCGGACCUCCACUGCCACGAGACCCCCAUGAAAGUGGGACGACUGACCUCCUCCACACCUAGCAAACUGCUGCCCUCCUGCUCCGGCGGCGGCCAGAGCUUGCUGGAUUUCAGCCCCAUCCGCACGCCCGGCGGCCCCGCUCGAACGCCUCUGCACAACUACACCACCGUCAGCCUGGAAGACUUUUACGAUAACUCGCUCAUUUUAGAGCAGCUCCAGGCCGGCGACGGCAGCAUAGCGGCCGCCAACCGCUCGCUGACCGAGGGGCUGGUUCUGGAUACCAUGAACGAAAGCCUGUCCAAGAUCUUGGUGGACCUCAGCAUGGACGACAUGCAGGAACUGGGAUUGGCUGACCUCAGCCUGUCCGACAUCUUUCCGCAGCUCAAGUAGACGGUAAUUUGUUCCGUUGCGAUUCCUUGUGCAGUUGGAAAUAUAGCCAGCGGACCUUUUUUUUUUUUUUACCUGACAGACUAAAAAGUCUUUUCAUUGAACAUUUCAUUUGACUUGACGUCUGCUCAACAGCGCUUUUUGGUUUCCUUUUGAAGAACUGCCUCACUGACACCUUUGUUUAUUCAGACAAAUAUAUAAUAAGUAUUUUGUAUUUCUGUUGAUUUUGCACAUUUUUUUCUUAUUUAAUGUGAGGGUCCUCUGUUGCCUGGAAAGUUACUUCCAGAUUUGGGGUUUAGGAAGUGGUGAAGGUUGUUUAGCAAUAAGCUAUUUAUCAGAAAUAGUAUAAGAAGCACUAUUGAUAAUUACUUGCAAUAGGAUUGUAUUAGUAUGCAAUAGUUCAUGCAGUGACUCCGAGAAGCACAGUUGAAAUGUUUGUUGUUGUUAUACGAUUGUCCAAUAAAACCGCGUU